GAGAGAGAGCUCUGGAUGGAUCUCCCUGUUGCCUGUGUGACAUUCUUCCUCCCUGGAAGAGACAGGCUGCGCUCCUGAACUGCACUCCACCGCAGAAGCAUCAACAUCAUCAUCAUCACCAUCGGUUCACUCUGGAUCAAAUAGCCAACGAAGAAGGAGCAGCAGCAGCAGCCGGGGAAUGAGAGGACAACACCACAGGAGAAGGAGAGGCACCAAGAAAGUGGCCACAACUCCAGCCGCAAGAGCCUGGCCGGCACCUUCUUCUGGAGCACCACCCAGCCCAGAUUGAAAUCCAGGACCAAAGUGGGAUCCAAAGCCAGAAGACUUCUUUUUUCUUGGGUGGGAGCGAGGAAGGCAAAGGAUGGCUCUUUGGGCCUCUUCCAAACCCCUCCUGAGCCCAUUGGGGUGAACCCAAAAGGGCAACACCUGGAUGUACUUGGGCCAUUUUCGAAACCCUGUCUCCAGGUACAUUUGGACACUCCACGAAAAGGAAUAAAACAAGGCUGGGAGAGUGGGGGGUUUGUCUUCUCCUUGCCCACGAUGAAGCAGUGGGUUCUCCUCCGAAGGCUCGGCACAGCCCAAGUCUUAUGGGACGUGGAAGGAGACCUGAGCAUUGCCACCCUGUUGGGAAUUACACGGGAAACCAGGGAUUUGGUGGGAUCAAAGGAGUGAGAGAAACUCUCCUUGGAUUCGAUCUGCUGAAAUCUCCCCGACUCCGAAGAUCCCUUGUCCUUUGCAGUACUAUUUGGAGGAAGGGAGAGCUGAGCUGCUAAACGAAUCCCGAGGAGACCUUCCCGCCCCGCUCUGCUCCGUGGCCCAGGGAUGAGUGCGGGCCGAGUCAACCCGUACAGCAUAGUAUCCUCCGAGGAAGACGGGUUGACUUUGACCACCAUGCCUGGGGUGAAUGGCUUUGGCAACGGGAAGAUCCACACGCGGAGGAAAUGCCGGAACCGCUUCGUUAAGAAGAAUGGCCAGUGCAAUGUGGAGUUCACCAACAUGGACGACAAACCCCAGCGGUACAUCGCGGACAUGUUCACCACUUGCGUGGACAUCCGCUGGAGAUACAUGCUGUUGCUCUUCUCGCUUGCCUUCCUGGUGUCUUGGUUGUUGUUUGGCCUCAUAUUCUGGCUCAUCGCUGUGGUCCACGGCGACAUCGAGAAGCCGACCAAGGACGAAACGUUCACGCCUUGCCUCCUUCAGGUGAACGGUUUCGUGGCUGCUUUCUUGUUCUCCAUCGAGACGCAGACGACCAUCGGCUAUGGCUUCCGAUGCGUAACGGAGGAGUGCCCGCUCGCCGUCUUCAUGGUGGUCCUCCAGUCCAUCGUGGGGUGCAUCAUCGACUCUUUCAUGAUUGGGGCCAUCAUGGCCAAAAUGGCUAGGCCCAAGAAGCGGGCCGAAACCUUGCUUUUCAGCCACCACGCCGUCAUCGCCAUGCGGGACGGGAAGCUCUGCCUGAUGUGGCGGGUGGGCAACCUCCGCAAGAGCCACAUCGUGGAAGCCCACGUCCGGGCACAGCUCAUCAAGUCCCGCAUCACCGAAGAGGGGGAGUAUAUCCCGCUCGACCAAAUCGACAUCGACGUCGGGUUCGACAAAGGCUUGGACCGCAUUUUCCUGGUGUCUCCGCUCACCAUCCUCCACGAGAUCGGCGAGGAGAGCCCGCUCUUCGGGAUCAGCCGACAGGACCUGGAGACGGACGAUUUCGAGAUCGUGGUCAUCCUGGAAGGCAUGGUGGAAGCCACUGCCAUGACCACGCAAGCGCGGAGCUCGUACUUGUCCAGCGAGAUCCUCUGGGGCCACCGCUUCGAGCCCGUCUUGUUUGAGGAGAAAAACCAAUACAAAGUGGACUACUCCCACUUCCACAAGACCUACGAGGUCCCGUCGACUCCCUGUUGCAGUGCCAAGGACUUGUUGGAAAACAAGUUCCUCCUCCCGGGCACCAAUUCUUUCUGUUACGAGAACGAGCUCGCCUUCAUAAGCCGCGACGAGGAGGACGAGGAGGAGGAAGAAGAGGAAGACGACGAUAGCAGAGCUUUGGACGAUCCGGGUUCGGACAACCAGCCUGAAUUCGAUCGGCUUCAGGCCACCGUUGCUCUGGACCAGCGGUCCUACAGAAGAGAGUCUGAAAUAUGACCCCGGACCCUCUAACUGUUGCCGAGGGCGUCUUUUCCCUCUGGUUUCUUCCCUGCACUAAAACAAAACAAAAAAAAAACCCAAUCCAAAUUAUGCAGAACAAUGCAAGUGCCAUAGGAAUGCCUGAGAAUUCGUGUGGUUUGUAGGGUGUGUAUUGGUUAUCCUUUGUUAAAGAAAUGUCAUCGCAAUAACUAUUGAAUGGCGUGGGUUCAGAGAGGACCCAUUUGCCAGCCUCGACGGGCACAUCUACACUGUAGAAUUAAUUCAGUUUGACCCCACUUUCACUGCUGUGGCUUAGGAGUAUGGAAUCAUGGGUGUUUUUACUAGGUUCUUGUGGGGUUUUUUGGGCUAUAUGGCCAUGUUCUAGAGGCAUUUCUCCUGACGUUUCGCCUGCAUCUAUGGCAAGCACCUCUGAGGAUGCUUGCCAUAGAUGCAGGCGAAACGUCAGGAGAAAUGCCUCUAGAACAUGGCCAUAUAGCCCAAAAAAACCCCACAAGAACCUAGUGAUUCCAGCCAUGAAAGCCUUCGACAAUACAUGGGUGUUUUUAGUUUAGCACUCUUUGGAAAAGAAGGCCAAAGCCUACAAUUCCCACGAUCCCAUGAGCCAUGGGAAUGCAAGGGGUGCCAAACUGGAUUCAUUCCCCAAUGUAGAUGUUCCCAUAAUGUGGUAAACAUCUAAAUAGCAGUGUUUAUAGUAGGUAUGGACAAACUUGGGCCCUCCAGGUGUUUUGGACUUCAACUCCCACAAUUCCUAACAGUCUCAGGCCCUUUCCUUUCCCCCCUUCAGUAUGUGGACGACAUACGAAUAGCAUAGACAUAGGCCAACAUGGGCCCUCCCUGUGGGUUAUGGGCCCAGCACAUUUAAGUGGCUGAGAGGGAAAAGGAAGGGGUCUGAGGCUGUUAGGAAUUGUGGGAGUUGGAGUCCAAAACACCUGGAGGGAGGGCCCAAGUUUGCCCAUGCCUGGUUUAUAGGAUGAAGGCAGGUUCCAAAAAGCGGCACUAUGAGUGAGAUGCAAACAAAACCCUGCCUUGAAUUUGCCACUCCGAGUAGGAAUCGACUUGUAUGUCGAGCGAGAAAGAAAAUUCCUUCUCCCCUCUCUUUAUUCACAACGAGGGUCUUUUUAAAAAACACUGAGAAAGAGAAGACACAGGGCACUGCAAAGGCUCAAAGGGAAUAUUGUAUUUGGAAAGCAAAACCAUGUGUGUAUGCGUGAAUUUUUUU